CUCCUCCGCCCGCCUCGCCCGCCGCCGCCCGCGGGAGCCGGAGAAACUUUGCCGCAGGAGCCCCCCCCCCCAGCCGUCCCGGGAUGAGCCUGCCUCGGGCGAGCGAGGAGCCUCCGGCGGCGGCGCCGUCCUGGCUGCCGAGCCACGUGCAGGUGGCGGUGGGGCAGGCGCGGGGGCUGCGGGCCAAGGGGGGCCGGGCGACGCCGCCCUUCGUGGCGCUGCAGCUGGGCCGGCAGAAGCACCGCACCGCCGUGGCCGCGCAGAAGGGCGGCUGUCCGCGCUGGGCCGAGCAGUGCGCGCUGGAGCUGCCGCCGCCGCCGCCGCCCGGCCCGCGCCCGGCCCCGCCGCCGGAGCCCGACCCGCAGCUGCUGCAGCUGGUGGUCUGGCAGCGAGCGCUGGUGGGCCCCGACCGCUUCCUGGGCCGCGCCGCCCUCCCGCUGGCCGCGCUGCUGCAGGACGGCCGCUCCCACCCCGACCGGUGGUACAAGCUUCACUCCAAGCCGGGCAAGAAGGAGAAGGAGCGGGGUGAGAUCCAGUUGAGCCUGCAGUUCACGCGCCACAGCCUGACGGCCAGCAUGUUCGACCUGUCGGUCAAGGAGAAGUCGCGCUCGCCCUUCCGGCGGCUGAGGGACAAGAUGAAGGGGAAGCACAGCUACGACCUGGACUCCUCCUCCGCCAUUGUGCCCAGCAGUAGCGGGGCCCUGGAUGACGACUUCCGCCCGGGGCCCCCCAAGGACAAGGCCCGGGGGGGCUUCUUCUUCAAGAGCCAGCUGCGCCGCUCCUCCCUCACCCGCUCCAGCACCUCCCUGGGCUCCGCCAGCACCCUCUCCUCCGCCAGCAGCCUGGGGGCUCUGGGCAGCACCGAGGGGGGGGCGCCCUCGCCCAGCCGGCACAGCAGCCUCUCUACCGACCCUGCCGGAAGAGAUUUUCUGCCCUCCCCCCAGCUGACCCACAAGAGGGCCUUCAGCGAUGAGGUGAGCCAGAUCAACCUGCUGCCAGAAAGCGUGCAGGGCCUGAAGACCCCAAAGGACCCCUCCUCCGGGUCCUCGCUCUGUAUCAACGGGAGCCACAUUUACUGUGAGGAGCCCACCCCCAAGCCCUCCUUCCUCUCGCUGGCCCCCUUUCCUCCUGCCCAGAGCGAUCCUAGCAAGCAGGAGGGGGGCUCGGGGGCCGGACUGCCUGCUGUCGAACCGGACCUGCCGCCCUGGCCUGCCAGCGGUUUCCAGAAAGGACCCCCGAAAGACCUCCCCCGGUUCAUCCCCUCGCCCCCCAUUUUGGCGGCGCAGGAAGAGGACAAGCUCUCUGUGAAGACCAUCGCCCUGAACAAGCAGCGGGCCCGAGCCAGAAGGGAGGAGGGGCUGCAGGCCGAGAGCAAGCCCGUUCCCAUGGCCGCCCCCCUGGCUUUCCCCCCGGAGGACGAGAGGGAUCAUCGUGGGAGCCCCAGGGGCAACGGCCAGAGCCCCGAGCCGAGUCUGGAGGCCGCACCCGGAGUGGAAGAGGCGCCUUGGAGUUGCAGUGGCGGCAGCCGGAUCAGUCUGAGAGACCCCAGGGAGCCGGUUCGAAAGCCCAGUUCCCAGCCUGGCCUGCCUGCAACUCCAGAGCUCGCCAAGGACCCUAGGGUGGUUCCUGAGGAUCAGGGCCUCCCUCCCUCCAUCCAGGCCGGAGAAGCACAGCCUGAGCCCCGAGCCCCACCUGCCAGCCACCUCCAGCCAUCGUUGCCCGCUGCUACCGCUGCUGCUCCUGCACGCCCACCCGUGGAAGGGGACGAUGGCUUUGACGCCUUUGCUGCCAGCCGCUUCCAGCCAGCAGCUCCGGAGCCUGAAACCCCUCCCACCACGGAGCCCCCAGGGGGGGCGACUAGUCUCCUCCCACAGCAGGAGGAAGGGCCCCCCAGCCCUGAGAGGGUCUCGCAGGAGAGUCCGGGCUGGCUGAGCUGCGCCUUUGGGGACAGAGGCCGGGCCUGGAGUGGGUCUGGGGGGGCCCUGCUAGCGAGGGGGACCUUCGGGGAGGGAGGGAACUCUGCCCCAAAUACAAGCAGCCUCCGAGGGGAAGCCGCCCGUGCCCAGAAUAUGGGGCGGCUGGGUUCCUCCAUACCUGUUGCCCCAGAUGUGCCCGAAGAAGCGCUCAGGUGGACACCAGAGAGCUUCCCAUGUAACCGGACCAUCCCUUCCUUGGCCGACUCCUCUUCGGAGCAGCUGGACUGGGGCCGAGAGCAACAGACAUUGCCCCAAAGCCAGCCGGCCCCCCAAGUUGAAAGCAGUGAGCCCUCUUGGCUUCCGUGGGACCCCGAGAGGGAAGAGGACGUGGGUGUCGAGGAGGCCACCCCGACCGGCGGAGGCCCUGCCCAGGAGGAGCAAAGGGUGCCAGCAGAGACUGAGGUGCCGAGGGGGGCAGGGACCCCUCCUCCAAAGCCGGCCAGGAGGGUCCCCCCUCUCCAGCUCACCGAAGAAGCCAAUGGGGCUGGUUGGGGCACGCCGGAGAGCCCCUGGCCGAGGGGGGCAGACCCAGAGCCUCCUCCGCACCUCCCUCCUGUGGGGGCAGCUGAUUCCCCUCCAGCGGCUGCCGUCUCCCUGGUACCAGCAGUGAUAAUUGGGGCAGGCGUUUCUGGGGCCCCCGAGGGCCUCCCACUGGCUGCUGCCGAGGACGAGGCUCUGCAAGAUGACAAGCCGGGGGGCCAGGAGGAGUCUUCAGGGGCAGCCAUCUUCACAGCGAACGAGGGGCCCAGUGCGGAGGCCCUGCCAUUCUCCACCUGCCCCUCCCAGCUGUCCUUGGGCGGAUUAGGCCUCUCGGGGGUCCCUGAGAGUCCCAGGCAGGAUGGGGAGACCAGCUUUGCCCCCUGGGGGCUCGAGGGUGCCUGGCCGACAGGGCUGCCCGGCUCGGCCUCAUUGUGGAACUCAGAGAAAUUUCCCCAGCCCCCCGAGGCUUCCCAUAGCCCCCCUGAGCCACAGGUGGAGCCCAGCCCGUCUCUGCUGUUCUGGUCUGCCUUGGAAGAGCACCGGGGGCUGCUUGGAGGGAGCACCAGCUUGGAGAGCCCAUGCGGCCUAGGACAGAAGGAUGUGGCCACUGGGCUGGCCCCUUCGCACCCGGGGCACGAGCAGGAGCUCCCCUCAGGAGGGCCCAGUGACCAAGCAAUGGACUUCAGGAAGGCUUCUUUCUGGCAGGAGGGCAGGGGGGAGCCAAAGAGCAAGGGGGAGGAUCCCGUGCUGACCCCAGGCAACCCUUUUGCCCCCUGGGCCGCCCCCUCUCCACAGAAGAACCCCUUUGUGGACCUGCCUGCUGCAGAGGUGCCCUGGGCCCAGGCUGCCGUCCUUCCGUUCUCCCCCACUGUUGAUGCCCACAGCCUGGGAGAGUUUCCUGCAGCCACCAGCCCUCCCAGGGAGCUCCGUUCUCACAGCUUCUCUGUGGAGCUCCCGGUGGCCCCCAGCCGGCCUUGUCCCCGGCCCUUGGCCGCCUCCACCCCUUCCUUCCAGCCCGCCCCAAGCCCCACCGACUGCCACCUCCCUUCUCCCCUGGGGCCCCCAGCCACUAGUGCAGGGGCUGCAGCGGACGGCCAGACCAGGGCCCCCCCGUCCCCCUUGCUCUCUCCCCCCAGCACAGAUGCCUCGGCCCCUUCGGUCCUGCCCAUGGAGAUGCUGCCGGCUCAAGACGCCCCACGCCAGCAGACGGCCAGUCCGCACCCAGUCAAGCCCAUGAGAAGCACGCCUGCCCCAGAGUCCCCAUGCAAGGAGAAGGCCCGCCAGGCUUCCAGUCUGAGCCCUGGCCAGACCACUGACCAGGAGCAGCUCACCCCCAAGCCCACCAUCAGUGGGAGCUUCGCAGUCUCGGUGGUGCAGCUGGAGAAGACGGAGCCGAAACAGAGCCCCCCCACCAAGUACCACCACCUGACGCGGGAAGAGCUGCUCCAACUUCUGCUGCGACGGGAGGCUGAGCUGGGCAAGAAGGAGGAGCAGGUGCGGGAGCUGGAGGGCUACAUCGACCGGCUGCUGGUGCGCAUCAUGGAGCAGUCACCCACCCUGCUGCAGAUCCCUCUCGAGGAGCGGGCCAAGGCCACCCAGUAGCCCCCACCAGGAAUCUUAUCGCCCCUCCCUUCCUGCCUGGGUUUGGUCUGCUGAAUGUUCCCCUCCUUUGGCGCAGACAGCACCCCCCACCUCAGGAUACCCUGCUCCCGCAGCCCCAGCCUGGGAUCUCUGGACCUCCAAACAUCUUGGCAUUACGACUCUUCUUGGCACAGGCUGCGAGGUGGUCCUGCAAACUUCCUGGCCUGUCCCUUUGCGAACUCUGUCACCUCGACCACACUGCAGUCAGGCAGUCUUUGCCGCCCACUUAUGCCCCCCCUUCCCCUUGGCUGAAAUGGGAGGUUUGCAUUGGGGGCAGUCGAAGGGAAAGGCACUGGUGGCUGACCCAGGAAAAGCCGCCUGAUUGGACAGAGCUGGGACCUAUGCUUUGCCUUCUUCCAUGAGGACUAGUGUCUUCCUCUGAUUUGUUCAGUGUUCAAGGUGGUGCCAUCACGCAGCACCUCGGAACCAGCCUGAUCUUUUCCGUGUCAUCUCAGGGCGGGGGGCGCUGUGCCUGCCCCAGAGUAGCACCAAGGGCUGGCUGUGCAUGCCAAAACCAUUCUCCUCUGCCCUGUUUCUCCAUCUUCUACUUGGCCUACACACGAAUGGAAGGAGGGGCGCAUCUGCCUGAAGCGGUAAUAAGACAAGAUGUGCCUUUUGACACCCCACCCCCACACAGAACCUGGCCUGCAUGUAAGGAGGGGCCCUCCCUCGCCUUAUUUACUGACGUCACCCAGGAAUCUCACAGCAAGGAGAGGCUGCUUUUAAGGCAGGCAGAGGCUUAAAAGGUCUGGAGGAAUGCCUUAGCUCCUGGGGAGGCAAUAGGGGGAUUGACCACCGGUCCCCUUGGCUGCCUAGAAGCUUUGUGUCAAGGGUGGACGCCCUUCCUGGUAGCUUAACUCUUCUGGAAAGCCUUCCUGUGGCCCUCCUGGCUCCCUUGCCAAGAAGGCCUGGGUGGGGAGGGCACUACUGAAGGCCUGAAGCAAGGCAACCCCGAUGCCCACAACAUGAGGGGAAUCAAAUGAAAGGAAGCCCCCUGCCCCCAUCUUGGGAAAUGGCUGGGCAAGGAGGCUCCCUAGAUUUUCAUUCAUCCUGUUUCUUCCAAAUGUUUUUACUGUUUGCCCUUUAAGUACGGUGGGGGGGAGCACAUGAUGAUGAGAGGGCACCAGAAGAAGCCUUUUUGGGGGGGGGGCUGGUAGUCCUUGGCUGCGAUGGGGGGGAUUUGUGCCUGUCCCCCUUGAGCUUGCAGUGAGCGGCCUCUUUGACUGCCGUCUCCUUAGUGGCCCCAAUGUUCCCCACCCACCUGGGCCCGUCUUGGAGACCUGGGUUGGAUGUUGCCUGCCUUUGCUUUGGAGAAGCUCCCAGUGUGGUUCCCCCCCACCCACAUCUGGCAAUAGCCACAUAACGCCUCCCCACGUCCCACCCCCUCCCCCCUCCCCGUGGGAACCUUUUUCUCCAUUACAGGCUCUGCCUUGUCCUGAGUGGCCUCUGGAAGAAUGGAAGGGGGGGGGGCGCUCUUGUGUUAAGUGCAGUUGAUGAUGUUUGUUUCAUAAAAAUUUUGACUCUCUUCUGUUUUAAGCACUUUAAAGACAAAAUAAAAAUGGUUGAAUUGUUGCUUA